AUGCGUUUGUUGGCGCGGUGGUUGCUUCUCUGGCUGGGGUUCGCGCUUUUGGCAGAGACGGUAUACGCAGAUCACCGCAGAAACAAGAAUUGGAAGAACAACAACAACAAUAACAAUAACAAGAAGCAAAUCUCCACUGUGCAAAAGAGACCCACUGCAGUAGCAACUACCAAAGAAUCUGCUCCAGUCACCAUCAUUUAUGUUAUUACUUCUGUCCCUCCUGAUCCGCCCGGUGGCCUGCCGACGGGUCCGCCUUCACAGAACGGCGCAACGAAAAUAGGGUCACCGAAGACCCCGGCCAUGACACCUCUCAUGGCAAAGUCAAGGGCGCAGGAUGCAGAACCUACUCGCAGUCCAUUUCCUAUUGGAGCACAAGCACCCCCUCCCGCUCAGCCUUCAACCGCCAUUCCUGAAAUCAUCAAUAAUCAGAAAGUGGCAGCAAUGCCUGACAUGGUCAGCAAAGGCACCGCGACCUCCUCAGAUUCACCGAAAGUAGGCUCAGCAGUCGUCGUCUUCCUGGUAGUGGCAGGAGCUGGGCUCCUCGUUGCCGCUAUGGGGAUCUACACAUUUCGCAAAGUGGGUCUUGCUCAGUCCCAGGGGUUCAAGGACAGGCUGAAGCGGAGGGUCACGUAUGGGGGACAGGGAGUUCGGUCGCAUCAUCCAAAUGGGACGGUGAUGCGCAUGUAUAAUGAAUACGACGACGGUACGAUGAUACGGGGGAUGCAGGAACACGGGACAAUACGAACCCAAGGCACAAUGCGGUCUAUGGGAACAAUGCACUCACACGGGACAUUGCCCUCUCAUUCGUAUCCGCCUAAUGUAGAAUAUAUGGGUCAGCCAUCUGAUUUGGACUAUGCGCAGCCUCCACACGCGUAUCGAUAUGACCAACAUGUGCUGGCUCCACCGCAUCUACAGCAUACAUCGCCAGAGAUGCCGCCCAAAUAUCGGUAUGAGGGUUUGUAGGGGAG